GUGAUGUUCGUGCAUAAAAUAAAAUUAAAAAGUCCUCAUCGUCGCCUGAAGUAUUGGUUAUAGUAAUGGCAUCACAUCUCAAUUAUAUCGCCAUCACUCCCUAUAAAUUCAAUCCACCUUCUUCUUCGUUCUCUCUCCUUCACAAUCCACCAUCUCUAUUUAUUUAUAAUCAUCUCAAAUCUCUGCUCUCCUCGUUUUCUCUCCUCUCAGUUUCCUCUUCUUCUUUCUCUCCACUUAUAGGUCGAUCUUUGGCCACUUCAACUAUGGGUGACAUACUUGCUGAUUCUACCAUGGAUGCUGUUCAAAGGAAACUCAUGUUUGAGGAUGAAUGUAUCUUGGUGGACGAGAGUGAUAAUGUUGUUGGUCAUGACACCAAAUAUAACUGUCACUUGAUGGAGAACAUUAACGCGGGAAAGGCGCUUCACAGAGCUUUCAGUGCAUUUCUAUUCAAUUCUAAAUAUGAAUUAUUGCUUCAGCAACGCUCUGCCACAAAGGUAACAUUCCCGUUAGUGUGGACCAAUACAUGCUGCAGUCAUCCCCUAUAUCGUGAAUCAGAGCUCAUUCAAGAGGAUGUUCUUGGUGUGAGAAAUGCUGCUCAAAGGAAGCUUAAAGACGAACUGGGAAUACCGGCUGAAGAGGUGCCAGUUGAUCAAUUUACACCACUUGGACGUAUGUUGUACAAGGCUCCAUCCGAUGGAAAAUGGGGAGAACACGAACUUGAUUAUCUGCUGUUCAUCGUAAAAGAUGUCUCGAUGACACUGAACCCUGAUGAAGUGGCUGAUGCCAAGUACGUUAGCAGAGAAGAACUCAAGGAAAUUUGCCGGAAAGCCGAUGCUGGUGAGGAUGGUUUGAAGUUAUCUCCGUGGUUCAGGCUAGUCGUCGAUAACUUCUUGUACAAAUGGUGGGAUCAUGUUGAAAAUGGGACUAUCAAAGAAGCUUCAGACAUGCAAACUAUCCACAAGCUUUAAACUGAUAUCUCAUUUCAUAACAGCAGUAUUAAUUUAAUUUUCAUUUUCAAUAAAUUAAAUAAAAUACUAGUAUUAUUUGUGC